CCAUCAAUGACUCAUCUUCUCUCCCUUCCACUGGAUAUUUGGCGUUAUUGUAUUUUUGAAUAUUGGCUUGGUCCGAUUCAUCUUUCUUUAUUGCAAAAUAAUAAUGAAAUUAUGAAAUUUAAGAAUUUGAUUUAUCCAAGAAUUUUGAAUGGUUUGGAUGUGGAAAAUGUGAGAGCUGUGCAUAAAUGGUGUAAAACAAUUUCAAGAAAGGCUACCUAUUUGUUUCUGGUUGAAAUGGGUGAUUUCUGGAAGGAGGUUUCGAAUAUUUUGGAGAUGGUUGUUUAUUGGAAACGAUAUCAAUCUUUUGAGGGAUUUUCGUUGGCAAGAGGUGACAUUUCUGUUUACGAAUCAAUUCCUUUUGUCAAAAUGCAGAAAUUGAUAGAGGCAGUUGAGAUGAAUUCCAAUCGAGAGUAUAAGGAUAUUAUUGAUAAGUCGAAAUGUAUUGGUUAUUCCUUUGAGGAUGUGGAUUUGAAUGAAAUAGAAAAUGAGUUUAUUGAUGAGGAUGUGAACAAAUUAUUCGAAGAAAGAGUUCAGAAAUUAAUGGUUUCAGAGUCAAAAUUUGAGAAAAUCAAACAAAUUACUCAACUGGAUCCGUAUGAUUUGUUUCUACAUAAGGCAUUGAUAUUAUCUCUUGAUAUGGUUUCAUAUUUCGAUAGUGAAAGGCAUAGUGGGGAAAGCUGUUAUGAAACUUUAGAAAGAUGUUAUCUAUUUUCGAAAGGUUUAUUUACCGAUAAUUUUAUGGAUUCAAGCUCACUUGGUUUAUUAAUUGAUUUGGAGUAUAAUUUUGAAGAAGACUCUAUCAUAUUUGAAACAUUGCAGCCAAUUUAUGUGGCCAUUUCAAUCAAUUUCAACAAGAAUUAUCAACAGUUUACAAUUCCGAAACAUGCUCAGUUUCUAUGCUUUUCUUUCGUAACAUCUUAUGAAACUGGAGAGGAGUAUGACAAUUUCCUGGAAGGACACGAAGAAUUUUCAAAUGUUCGUGAUUUAACAAUCAGAUUUCCUUCAACAGAGAAUAAUUAUUAUUUACAGAUAGAUACUGGAAAAUUGGAGAGGAAUAUUCUAUCUGCAAUAACAAGGAAGAGAUUUCCCAAACUUUUGAGAAUUUCCAUUCAAGGAUGUAACUCUUUGGAUGACCUUGUAAAUUAUGAAAUAUUGUCUGAAUUGAUGUAUGUGGAAAUUAUUAAUACGAGAAGGAACCAAGAUUAUGAGAAAAUUCAUAACUGGUCUGAACGAAGAGUUCACAAUUUUGUUAAUCGUCAAUUUAUUGAGAAAAAGGACUCAUUGAUUCAUCAAUUGGUUCUCUAUGCAAACAUUGUGAGGUGUAAUCCUGACGCCAAUUUUGAUACCAUUAAGGAGUAUUAUGAUAUGAGUAGAGAAAAAUUUGUGGCUUGUAUUUCACAUUCAUCAAUCAAUGAAUAUUAUGACAGAUGCUAUGAGUAAAACAUUGAUAGAGAUUUUAAUAUU